UUAAAAUUAUAUUCCGUUUCGUAUAUCUUAUCUUUCUCGUAACGUCUCCCUUAAAUAUUCGGUUUCCCGAUUGUAUUCCUUUUCUUCUCCCAAUUGCAUUCCUAUAAAUCCCCUCAACAACAAUUCCUACUUUCUUCAUAAUCUCUAUCACGUAAUUUCGACGAUCGACCGGCGGGAUAUAUAUGAUGGAUGAGAAGUACCGGCAGUACCAGCGUGUGUUCGACUACUUUGACGAGAACGGCGACGGGAAGGUGUCGGCGGCGGAGCUCCAGCAGCGAAUGGGCGGCGCUGUGUGUUUAGAGGAAGAGGAAACGGAGGGGUGGGGCGAAGAAGGGGUGAGCUUCGAGGAAUUUGUGAGGAUUGUGGAGGAAGGGAGCGAGGAAGAGAAGGAUAGGGAGUUGAAGGAGGCGUUUAGGAUGUACGAGAUGGAGGGGCGCGGUGGCAUAACGGCCGAGAGUUUGCAGAGAAUGCUGGGGAAAUUGGGGGAGGAGAGGUCCAUUCGUGAAUGCAAGAACAUGAUUGCUUGUUACGAUCUCAAUGGGGACGGGCUCCUCUGUUUCUAUGAGUUUAAGGUUAUGAUGACCUCUUCAUUCUAGCUACUUCCUUUGUAUAGUCUUGGUCAUGUUAGAUUCUAUACUCUUUAUUUAUUACUUCGUAUUUAUUUAUUUAUUCAGUAGUUAUUUUUUUUUUAUAAAAAAAACAAUAUAUUUUUUGUGCAAUUCUUUUAUCAAUGCAUGAUGUAUACUAAAGAGUUGUUAAUUCUUCGCCCAUACUAGUUGGAGGAAAGAUUAAAGUAUAAUGUUUCAGUUACACA